UUUUUUUUAUGCAGAAGUAAAAAAAAGUUUUCAGAAAAAAAAAUAAAAGUCUUAAUUCAAAAAAAAAGUUCGAAAUUUUUAUUUCUGAACAAAAGAAGGACAAAAAUCAAAAAAAGAAAAAGAUAAAACAAUCGAAAUUUAUUUUUAAUUUUUAAUAUUUUCAAUUAAAAAAAAUGAUGAAUGGUGGUUUUUUUAAUGAUGAUGAAUUGAAAAAAUUAAUUUGCAUUUGGUGGGGAGUGCAAUUUAAAAAAAAUUGAAAUAAAACACAAUUUGAUGGUGUGAGUUAAUUUUGUUUUUGAAAAUGGGGAAAAAUGAAAAAAAAUCAGAAGAAACAAAAAAAGGAGAAAAAUAAAAGUAAUUUUUUAGAGAAAUAAAAGUGUGAGAAAAAAAAUACAAAAUUGAUUUUUAUAAAAAAAAAACUGUCUAUCUAUGGGAAUAAUAUAAGUUUAUAUAUAUAAAUAUAUUUAGGUAUAUAUGUAUAUAGACAUGUAUAUAAGAAUUUUAUAACUGCGUUUUGCCAUGUACAUUAAAAUUAAAAUUACAUUCAAUUAUUGUGAAUGAAUUAUUUCAGAAAAAGAAGGUGAAGAACAAAAAAAUAUAAUAAUAAUAAUAAUAACAAAUAAGAUAGUAGAGUGAUUAUAGUGAUUUAAGUAUGAGAUGAGAAAAGUAAAAAGCAAGAGCAACUAAAACAAUAAUCAAAAACACAAUCAAAAAUCAACAACAACAUUUAGUGUAGUUUAGUGCUUGUUCUUGGUUGCCCGAAAAAUAUAUUAUUAUAAAAAAACACUCAUAAAUCUCAUAUGACAGAAUAUGUAUUUUUAUUUCUCCUCUCUCUCCUCUCUGUCUCUCUCCAUCUGUCUUUAAAUUAAAUAAGAAGAGUAGAGGUGUUUAUAUUAUUAUAAAAAUUUAAAUUAUUUAAAAUAUUUCUACAAAUUAAAAUAAAAAUAAAAUUAAAAUAAAACUCCGAUGGAAUAAAUAUAUAAUUUCCUUAAUUUGCUAAUUGUAUAUAUAUAUAUGUAAAUGUAUAUCUAACUACACAUUAUACUUGUACCUAAAUAAUUGUAUGUCGCGUGAUAUAAGCACAAAAAAUAAAGGAUGGUUGGUGUUAUUAUAAAAGUGUAAAACAUCAAAGGUUUAUGUAUAGAAUGGGGGAUAUGGUGAAGAACUCAAAAAAUAAUUUGAUAUUAAUAUAAUUGCCGAAAAUAACUGGAAAAACAAACAGUACAUAAUAUGAAUUUUAAUUGAAAAAAGAAGAAAACUAAAAAAUAAAACAAGAGCAGCAAAAACUCAAACACUAAAAAAAACGUUAAAAAUAAUAUUCGCAAAAAAAAUGGGAACGAAGAAACUAUCGAUAAAAAAUAUUAAGAAAUUGAAAUUAUUUUUAUUGUCAUUGUACAUAAACUGUAUAUAUAAAUUAUCAACAACAUAUUUAAUUUCAAUAAACAAACUAAUUUGCUGAAAUUCAAUAAAAAUCUCUAAUGGAAAAAUGAUUUUAAUAAAUAAUAAUUUUAAUAAAAAAUCAUUUUAAAGAAAAAAACUAAAUUGAUAGAAUAAAAGAUCAUCGUUAUUAGUAGAAGAACAACUUACAAGAAGAUCAACCACAUUAUACAAAGAGGGUUUGAAAAUAUUCUUCACACACACACACACAGGAUUUCCAAGAAAUUUCAAAAUACAUAUUUAAUUUGACGCAAAAAUAAUUAUUAAUUAAUAUAAUAUAUAAAAGAUUAUGAGAAAUAUUUGAAGAAAAAGAAAUUUAUUAAUAAAAAAACAUGAUCAGAAAAGAAAGAGGAAUAAUAUUCAAAAUUUAAAGACUAUUUUUUUUAUUAGUUUUAAAACUAGUUUCAUUCACCAUUAAUUUUUUUUUUGUGAUUUCUUUUCUUAUAAUUCAAUAAAAUAUUUAAAAAACACAUAAGUAUAUUUUUGGCUGUGAUUUGGUAAAUAAGGAAAAAUCAAGUUAAAAAUAUUUUGUUAAAAUAUUUUGGCAAACUAAAUGAUUGUGAAUAUAUUUAACAAUUCGAAUUGUAAAGAAAAAAUAAUGGUGAUGUUUAAGAAAUGAUUUUGGAAUCCGAAAGCAAUAUGCUAAAUUUCGAAAAAUUUUUUUGUUUUGGAUUCUUUAAUAAAAAAAUUUUAACAACACAAGAAUGCAAAAAAGAGUGAAGCUUGUCUUGUAAAUAAAAGACAUAAACAUUAAAAAAACAAAAUAGAAAAUUUAAGAUUUAAAAAAAAAUUAUAUAUCUUUUUUUUAUUUAUACGCAUAUAUAUAUUUUUUUGCUUUAAGUAAUUAAUUUAUAAAAGAAAAGUUGUAAAAUUUUAAAAGUUAUAUAUUUCUUGUUUUUUUUUAUUAUUAAUAUUAUUAUUAAUAUUAUUAUUAAUAUUAUUAUUAUUUUUAUUAUUAUUGUAUCGGAAAUAAAAAUUGCAAAUUUGAAUUAUUUAAUUUAAGUUUUACAAUUUAUGUAAUUUCAAAAAAAUAAUCAUGAUAUAAAACAAUUUCUUAAUUUUAAGAACAAAAAGCAAAUAAAAAUUUUAUUAAACAUCUUUAGAAUCUUAGAAUUUAUGAACAUUUUGUAAGAUGUAAAUAUAAAUUUCAUAUUUAAAAAAAUUACACAUUAAAUUUUACACUUUCUUUUUACUUUGUUAAAAAAAAUCCGUAAAAUAAAAGUAAAACUAAUUUAAAAAUUUAUAAAACAAAAAAAAAAAGCUUCUGUGAUUAAUUUUAUCGUUUUCAUUUUUAUAAUAAAAAAUAACAAAAAAAGAAAAAAAUUAAAAUAUAAAAAUAUUUUAAUAACAUUUAAUUAAAAAUCUACUAAAAGAAAUAAAAACCAAACACCCAUUAUUUAAAUAAAAAUUAUUAAUAUAAAAUUAAACUACUAAGACAUUUAACACAACCAUAAAGCAAACAGCAAACAUUAAAAAAAUGUCAAACGGUAGCAGCAGAGAUAAAGAAAAAACAUCAUCUUCUUCAUCAUCAUUAUACCAUCCAAAAAAUUCAAAUAGCAAUAUAAAUAAUAAUAAUAAUAAUAACAAUAAUAAUCAAAGUCCUUCUGUAAUAACAACAGCAGCAAUAACCACAUCACCAUUGCUAACAUCAUCAGCAUCAAUAUUAUUUUCAUCAUCAACAUCAUCACCAUCAUCAUCAUCUACUUCGUUAAUUCAAUCAUCAAUACCACCUACAACAUCAUCACCUUUAGAAAAAAUGAAUGUUCGGCAACAAAGUUCAACAAAAGUACCAUCACCAUUAUCAUAUUAUUUUGAAAAUAAAAUACAAAAUCCAAUACAAUUAUUACCACAAUCGACAAUAUCAUCAGGUGUUGCGCCGCCACCAUUAUACAAUCCAAAUUCAUGUGUUUUACAAAAGGAAGAUCAAUCACAAUCACUACCAUCGUCGCCACCACCGUCGUCUUUAAUAAAAAAUCUUCAAAAUAAAUCUUUAUUGAUUGGAUUAACACAACAACAACAGCAACAACAACAACAAUUACAAUCCCAACAUCCUAAUCAUCAACAUCAUCACCAUCGUCAUCAUCAAUACCAAAGUAACAACACAUUGUCAAGAAUUAGAUCGCAGUCAAUGCAUUCAGCACGUGUUUUAACAUAUGAUGAUUGUGAUGCUGAUAUUAAGACAAAUAAUAAUAAUAAAGAAAAAAUUAAUAAAGAUAAUGCAAAUAAAAUAAAUGCAGUUGAUAUAAGUGCAAUAUUUUACGAUAAUGAUAAUGAUGAUAGUGAUUUACGAAACAAGGAAGUUGUAGUUUCAGAAAAUGAAAAUGAUGGACAUUUAAAUAAAAGUUUAAUUGAAUAUAAUCAAAAAGAAAUGGAAGAAAUAGUAAUAAAAUCAAAAGAAAAAAUAAAGGAAAAUGAAAAUUCAAUAAAAAAACCUAUUGAAGAAUCUUUAAUAAAAGCAAAAGAGAAAAUAAAUGAGCACAAAAAUAAUAUUUUGAAGAAUGAUGAUGCAAAUAAAGGAAAAAGUAAAAAUUUUGAAGUGACCGAAUUCGAUAAAAAAAAUGAAGAACAAAAUAAUGAAAGUAACAACAUCAGCAAUAAUUACAGUAGUACUAAUAAUUGUAGUAAUAAUAGUAGUUGUGGUAGAAAUAAUAACAGCCACAACAGUAAUGUUAACUAUAAUAGUGGAACUGAUAUUACUAAUCCUAGUUCAUCAUCAAACAAAGUAGUGAAAUCAACAAAAGCAACAAAAUCAUUAUUAUCAUCAUCAUCGUCAUUAGGAAGUGAUGGAAAUAAUGAUACGCAAGGAUCGGCAAAUAUUGUAACUACAAUGGCAACAAAAAAUUUACCUACAAUAUCAACAGCAUCUACAUCAUUAAAAGCCACAACGUUAGCAUUAACAUCCACAACUUUAAUGUUACCAGCAUUAUCAACAACAUCAAAUUUACUCUCAAAAAAUAAUUCAUCAGACUGUAUUAAUAUUAAUAGUAGAAAUACUAUUAAUACUAAUAAUAUACUGAAUGGUAAUAAUGGAAAUAAUAUUAUGAUAAAUAAUAAUUCAACUAGCAACAGUGGUGCUACUAUUAGUACUAGUAAUAUUAUUAAUGGAAUUGGUAUUAUUAGUGGUUGCAAUAACAUAAAUUUUAUUAAAGAUUCUACAUCAGUUUUAAGAAAUACUUCGUUAUGUAAAACAUUAUCUGGUAGUUGUUUAAAUGCGAGCUCAAUAUCAUUACCAUCGAGUAGAGAUUUUUCAAAUAUGGCAAGAAAAAUUUCAUUUCAACAUUCAUUAAGGACAUUGGGCAAUAAUGAAAUGACCAAUUUGACACGACUGAGAAGUUCAACUUUAGGUAAAUCGGCGCCAUCACUUUCGACAACGUUUAAAGAGAAUUCGGUAGCUGCUGCUACAGCUGCAAUCAUAAUACCGCAGAGACGAUCACAAUAUUCAAUGCCAAUAAAUGUUAAUAGAUACAGUAAUGUUGGAGCUAAUGUUAUAACAAAUCAUCGUUUAAGUUUAGUUAGUGGCAUAACAGGUCUUAAUACUUCGCCAAGAUCUCAUUCACCAAUAUCAGCUAGUCCAAUAGAUAGUCCACGUAUUAAUUCGCCAAUGCAAUUUGCAUUCGCUCCAAUAAAACGAAUUUCAUGUUGUAGGGGAGAUGGAAGACGUUGGUCAGUUGCUUCAUUGCCAUCAUCUGGUUAUGGUACUACCCCAGGUAGCUCGAAUUUGUCGUCUCAAUGUUCGAGCCAUGAGCGUUUACAUCAGUUACCAAAUGUUCCAACAACAGAUGAAUUACGAAUUCUUUCGCAUCAUUUUUCAAAUGAUAUGGCUGCAUGUUGUCCUGAACAUUAUCAGCAAUCACAACAAUAUCAUCAGCAUACAAUGUCAGGGCAGAGUGGUGUUAUACAUCCGCUACAGCAAUCGCAAUCUGCAAAACAUAAUUUACACAACUUAUCUCAUCAAACCCCGUCUCAAUCUCAUAUGUCAUCCCCGCAAUCUAUAAGCACACCAAAACAGUUGCACAAUACUAACAGCAGUAUAUAUUCGACACCGCCAAAUACUUGGAAUCAAAACCAAUUUCAAAAAUGUUGUUUUACACCACCAAGUUCAUGUAGCAGUCCGCAAAAUAAUAUCUGUUCAACACCACCGCUUCCUUUGCCACCAUCUUCCGCUGCAGCUGCAUUAUCUCGUUCCAUGAACAAUGAUGACAGUAUAAAUAGUACGUCAACACCAGAAAAUAAAAAUAAUAUUAUUAACAACAACAACAUAAAUAAAAAUAUAGUUAAUGUUGGUAGUGGAAAUACAGUAACUGGCAGUGGAAAUAAUGUUCUUGGUGGGGGGAGAAAUUCACCAUUUCAUAGACCAAGAUCAAGAAGCUUAUCAAGUCCAAGUAGAUCGCCAAUUAUUGAUAACGAAAUUGCGAUAAUGAAUACGUUAUACAAAGAACGUUUUCCUAAAGCUACAAUACAAAUGGAAGAAAGAUUAAAACACUUUAUCAAUGAAAGUAAAGAUGCAGCUUGUAAUUAUUUCCGUGAUUCACAGCCAAUAGCAAGAUUUGUACAUCAUCAAGUAAUUGAAAUGGCGCGUGAUUGUUUGCAUAAAUCUACAGCAAAGUUAAUAACAAGUAGAUAUUUCUAUGAAAUGAGUGAAAAUUUAGAAAAACUUCUAAUUGAAACACAUGAGAAAUCCCCAGAAGCUGCAGUUGAAUUAACUGGUAUAAUUAAAAAGUUAUUGUUAAUUAUAUCGCGACCAGCACGCUUGUUGGAAUGUUUGGAAUUCGAUCCAGAAGAAUUUUAUCAUUUAUUAGAAGCAGCUGAAGGUCAAGCAAAGAUGUUGCAAGGCAUUAAUGCUGACAUACCACAAUAUAUUGUUUCAAAACUUGGUUUAAAUCGAGAUCCUAUUGCCGAAUUGAAUCAGGAAUUAAUUGAAACAAAUCAAGUAUUAGAUAUGAACAAAUCAAAUAAUAAGAUAUCCUCAAAUGAUAAUUGGGAAUCUCGUAGUAAAAAUUUGGAAAAAUCCUCAUCUAUUGCUGGAAAUUCAAAUGAAAAUAGCAAAAUGGAAGAUUCGAACCAAUUGGAAAAGAAAUUAUCCACAGAAAAAAUCAGCAAAUUGGGUGAUAAAGAUAAAUCAAAUUCUUUAAAUAAUAUUUCAAAUAAUUCCAACAUUUCAAGUUCGAUACAAUCGUCUAAUAUAAAUGUUGAAGCUAUUUUGAAUAAAUCUAAAAAAGGAGAGGAGAAUGUAAAAGAUCUCAGUACUAGUGAAGUAAUUUCUGACAAUAUGAAAAACGAAAAAGAAGAAGUUAUUAAUAAUUCAGUUAUGCCAACACAAAAAAAUAACAGCAGUACUAAUAUGAGCAAUAAAAGCAAUAAAAAUAAUACUGCUGUUGAUAACAAUGAUAAUUGUAAUACUGGCAGUAAAAAUAAUAAUUUUAACGAACAAACUAAAUUACAAGAAAAACAACUACACCUACAGCAAAUACCAAAUGAAAAUGAUUUUGAUAUUGUUAAACUCAUAUCAAAUGGCGCUUAUGGUGCUGUUUACUUAGUAAAACAUAAACAAACAAGGCAACGCUUUGCUAUGAAAAAAAUUAAUAAAAACAACUUAAUCUUAAGAAAUCAAGUUGAGCAAGUAUUUGCUGAACGGGAUAUAUUAAGUUUUGCUGAUAAUCCAUUUGUUGUUAGUAUGUAUUGCAGUUUUGAAACAAAAAAGCAUUUAUGUCUUGUAAUGGAAUAUGUUGAAGGAGGUGAUUGUGCAAAUUUAUUAAAAGGUAUUGGACCUUUACCAUCUGAUAUGGCUAGAUUUUAUUUUGCCGAAACAGUAUUAGCUGUGGAAUACUUGCAUAGUUAUGGUAUUGUGCAUCGUGAUCUGAAACCGGAUAAUUUGUUAAUAACUGCAUUAGGUCAUAUCAAAUUGACUGACUUCGGCUUAUCUAAAAUGGGCUUAAUGUCCUUAGCAACAAAUUUAUAUGAAGGUUAUAUCGAUAGUGAAACUAGACAAUUUUCUGAUAAACAAGUUUAUGGUACACCAGAAUAUAUUGCACCAGAAGUUAUUUUAAGACAAGGUUAUGGCAAACCAGUUGAUUGGUGGUCAAUGGGUAUAAUAUUAUAUGAAUUUUUAAUUGGCUGUGUACCAUUUUUUGGAGAAACACCCGAAGAAUUAUUUGCUCAUACUGUAAAUGAUGAUAUUGAAUGGCCUGACAAUGAAGAUUGGUCUGUACAACCAGAAGCAAAAAAUUUAAUAACACAACUAUUGCAACAAAAUCCAAGAGAUCGUUUGGGUACAAGCGGUGCUCAUGAAGUUAAAGAUCACUGUUAUUUUCUUGGUUUAGAUUGGAAUUCUUUAUUAAGACAGAAAGCUGAAUUUGUGCCACAAUUAGCAAGUGAUGAUGAUACCAGUUAUUUUGAUACUCGCUUGGAUCGAUAUAAUCAUGAUUUAGCAGGAGAUGAUACCGACGAUACUGACGACACUCCUGUCUUUGGCUCUUUUAGUUCUUAUACGCCGCAAUAUAAAAAGCAACAUUAUUGCUGGUCACGAUUAGCAUCAAAUUCUACAUCCGAGGAUAACAGUAGUAAUCUUGAAUUAAAUAAAAUGCUAGCGACGCCAGAGCUCAGGAAACUCGAUUUAACAUGUAGAAAUUUAAAAUUUCCUUCUACACCUGACACCGAUUAUAUGCCUGAAUUUUUAAAUACACCUGAUCGUGAAGAAAUUAAAUCUAUACAUCAAUAUUUGAAACACCAACAACAACAAUCUAUUACUGGCACAUCUACCCUAACAACUAAUAUUCCUUCAACUACGAAUCAAAUGUUACCGGUAUUUUCGACAUCUAAAAACCUUGAAUCGUUGUCUAAUAUAAAUACAAAACAAACAAAUACAGCGUCGUGCAAUAUAGAACUAGAUCCAACCUCUAUACAUAAUAGUGUAUCGUCUUCUAAUGUGGGCAAUCGUAGCUAUCAUCAUCGUCAUCAACAUCAGCAGACCCAACAGCAACAUCAUCAUCACCACCAUCAUCAUUUCCACAAUUUCCAUCAUCAUCACAGUUCAAAUCAGUCGAAUUGUCAUUCUUUAAUUUCAAGUUCUUCAAAAGUGUUAUCACUGACACGGCAAACUCAAAUAUCAGGUACACCUUCUGGUUUAAUAAAAAGUAAUACGAUACUAAAACAAUUUUCAACACCAAAUUUACCAGAAAGUAGAAAACUUAUUGACACACAUCAAAUAUCAUCAUUGGCGGCAUAUCGUAAAAAUCUAAGUACACCAGAGUCCUCACAAACCGAUAGUGAUGAUCUGUCUCCUCAAAUACAAAGAAAACGUAAGACUAAUCUUAGUAAUCGUGAGUUACUACCACGUUUUUCAAUUUCUAUCGAGGAUGAAACCGUUGUAUCAAAUAAUUCUGCAGUUCUUAAUAAUACCGGGGCUCUAUCACUAUUAGAUAUUACCAUUCCUCAACGUGAUCAAUCACCACUAGCAGCUGGAUUACAAACAUCUACUACAACAACAGAUAGUAGCCAUAACACUAAUGUAAAGCAGCGAUCACGGUCGGUUGUUAAAAGUGCUUCGGCUCUUGGUUUAUCUCUAAUUGUAUCUGCUCCUAGUUCAACGUCAAAUGACUCAAAUCAAUCGAUAACGAAUAGUCAUGUAUCAUUAGAAAAUAGCGGGGGUGCUGUACAAUCACCAGUUCUUGCAAACACUAGCGGUGGUGGUGGUUCGAGCACUGCGAGCUCUCGCGAUACUUCUCCAUGCAGAGAACUUUCCCCUUUAGUAACUAAUUUGAAACCACCAAUUAUAAUAAGACGUGGACCCAAAGGUUUUGGUUUUACAGUUCAUACAAUAAGAGUUUACUACGGUGACACCAAUUUUUAUACAAUGCAUCACCUAGUAAUGGCUGUUGAUGAGGGCAGUCCAGCGUUUGAAGCCGGCUUACGACCAGCUGACCUGAUCACACAUGUAAAUGGUGAAACAAUUCAGGGCUUAUAUCACACACAAGUAUUGCAGUUAUUAUUAAGUGGUGGAGAACAUGUGACUUUGAGAGCUACACCGCUGGAGCAUACUAGUAUUCAAAGCGGUGGAAGGAGAAGGGAAUUAUGGCAAAGUAAAUUGGCCAAGAAAGGCAUAAAUCGGCAGAAAAAGCAAAAAAAAGAUCACCAUGAAAAGAAGAGAAAAACAUCACUUUUUAGAAGGAUAAGUACCAAAAGAGCAUCUGCAGAAAUCCAUCAGAUGACAGCUGGAAUUUCUUCUCCAACUAUGGUUACACCUUCUAAGUCUUUUAGUUCAUUCCCACGUUCGGCUGAUGCAUCACUAGUAGCAUCUUCAACAAAUAGGUUAAGCUUAUCUCCAUUCGAUUCAUUUUGUCAUCAUUCUGCUCCUUCAAAUUCAUCGCAAUCGAGUUCACCAUCCUCAUCGGCUCCAAAUACCCCAACAAGCACUAGUUUAAUCGGACCUUUGGUUCAAAUGUCACAUAAAAUUUCUUCCGCAUGCUCAAACAACUCUGCAAAUGCUAGAACAAAUGGAUCGGUAUCUCAAGAUGUUUUUGCAGAGAAUGCUAAUGAUGGUUCAAGCGUUCAAAUUCUUUCUCAGAGUAAUCCAAAUAACGGUUCACAUUUAUAUCAAAGGCCGUCAACACUACAUGGCUUAAAACAUAAAUUGCAUACAGGUGGUUGUGGUGUCGGUGGAUCAAAAUCGAUACAUUCAUCACCAGUAUCUGGCCCCAACCGUCGUAAAUCUGUUGGACACAUUCCUUUGUCACCAUUGGCACGUACACCAUCUCCAUCACCAUUGCCAGCGUCACCAACACGUUCACCAUCACCGUUAGCUUUCCCAGCUGUAUGCCAUCAGCCUGGUGCAUCAAAUCAAACUCAGUCAUACAGUCCAUUAAGCGGUACCAAUCACCCAAUUGUAGCAAGUAAUACAGUGUGUAGUAGCAACAUUGCAGCCGCAUGCACAUCAGGUGUUAAUUCAUCUGUUGUCCUACCAAAUGUUGCGAGUGUCACAGUGAAAAAAAAUUUUGCAAGACCGAAAAGUGCUGAACCAAGUUCACCGCUCUUAAGACGUGCGUUAUCACCAGAUCGUCUCCAUCCACGAAGUGCAGAAAAUAAAUGUGCAUUUAUAUCACCAUUAUGUUGUCCACCACCAAUGAGUCAAAAACAUAGAUCACUAACUGCUACAUCAACAGCAUGGCGUUCAUCGGGAAAUUGUAAUACAAUUGUUUCAACAACAAAUAAUUCACCAUUUUCGGGUGGUGCUAUUACGGCACCUGCAUCUGUGUCGACAAUAAUAACUACAACGUCAGUAACAGCAACAACCUCAUCAGUUUCAAAUAUUAAUAUAAACAAGAAGAAUAACACCAGUCAACUUACUCAAUCCAUUACAGAUUCAAAUCCUAUAGUUUCAAUAAUCAAUAAUAGUAUAAUUGGCUCUAGUACUGUAAUCGGAAGUAAUGUUUUCAUUAAAGAUAAUGCCCCUGUGGUUGCUAAUAACAACCAACAACAAUUAAUAAAAAUGAGUUCUCCAACAAUAGAGCAGCAAAAACAAAUGCAACAAGUUUGUAUAGCUAAUAAUUCCACAAAAUUAUCUUCACCAUCAUCAUCAUUUGAUUGUGAUAAUAAAAUAGAUGAUUGUUCUAACAAACAAAUACAGCAGCAACAAUCACAACAACAAUUGCAACAGUCCACAUCUAAUACAUUAUUGGCAUUAUCGUUACAAACAUCCGGUGAAAUGUUACCUAGAAUCGCUGAAGAAAAAGAUUCACCAACAAAUUCAUCUGGUGAUAAUAUGUGUGCAGUAUCAAUGCAAUGCUAUAGUAAUUUGAAAGAUGAAAGCAAUGAUAAAGUAAAAUACUUAGCAUCAUCAUCACCGCCAAUCAGUCAUUCGUCAAAUGGAUCAUCUAUAAGUGAUAAAAAAGAUAAAAGUGAUUGCAAACAGCAAAGUAAUCAUAAUAAAAAAAAAUUAGAAAAAAACCAAUCAAUUGCUAUACAGAAUAAAAAAGUUCAAUAAUAAGCAAACAAUAAAUUAAAAAGUAAUGAAAGGGUAAACCCAAAAAAAAAACAAUAUUAAAAUCCAAGUCUUUCUUAUUUAUUUUCGUUAUUAUUUAGAAACAAUAAUUUUCCAGAUUUCAUUCUUUCCCGUGUUAUUUAAAUGUUUUUUAACUAGUUCACAAAUAUAAGACACCUAUUUUCACUUGAUAAAUUAAGAUUUAGUUAAAAUUUCCACGGCAAUUAAAAAAAAUAUCUAUAUUAAUAUUUACAUACACGUACAAUUAUACAUUUAAAAUUUAAAAUUAAACACUAACAAAAGUUUUAUGAAAUUAAAAACUAAAAUAUAUAAUGUAUAAAAUAUAUAUCUAAAAUGUAUAAUGUAUUUAUAAAAUACUAUUAAAUUUUGACCUGGGAAUAUAAACAACAAAUAUCAAAUAAGAAAUUUUUCCAUCAAUUUUAUUUUUUUUGUAUUUUUUUUUUAAAUUUAUCACUAUUUGAAACUAAAUUCUUGUAUAAGCAAUUUUUAAAGAUCUAUUGUUGUAAAAGGACAUUUUAGUGAUUUUCUAAAAAUUAAUUUAAAAUUUGUAUCACCUCUAAAAGUAAUGUAUAUAUAUAUAUAUAUAUAUAGCAUUAUAUAUAUGUAAUAAUUAUAUAUGGUGUAAAAAUGAUUUUUUUUCUUUUUAUGCCUUUUCAAUUUAGACACUUCUUAUGGAUACCAAUGAGAUAUUUGUAUGAAUUAAGAAUUAUAUCUUUUAUGAUUUAUAUUUUUUGCGGAUAUAUUAAUAAUGAUAUGUUUAUACAAAUUCGAAAAGUUUAAUAACAUAUUCAUCUAUGUUCUGUUAUUUGCAUUACUUGACGUGAUGAGUUAUUUGGAAUUUUUUGCAUAAUUCCGAAAAUCUAUACUAGAAAGCAAAAUUAUUUUCAAUAAUUUCCCAUCACUUCAAGUGACUAACAGGUUAUGUUUGAUUAUUUGUUCUUUAUUAAUAAAUCUAUUAACAUGAAGUUAUACAUCUACUUUAUUUUAAAAAAAUGGAAAUUCAUAAAUAUUUUUAUUUUUUAACAUACGGUUUAUUAAGAGAAUUUUAUCUGUUAUUAUCAAUUUACUAAUAUUUUGGAUAAUCUACAUAUAUAAAUAAGAUAUUUUUGAAUGUAUAUAUACCUGUAUUCAUAUAUAUAGAAAUAUAUUUUAUAUAUUCUAUAUAUUUAAAAAUAAUAUUAUUUACAUAAUACAUAAAUGAACAUUUUAUUUUGUGUAAAAUCCAAUUGAAUAUACAUAAUCUACCAUGUUCAGUUAGUCUCGUCUUUUGGCGUGAUGGGUUGUUAUUCAAAAAUUUUGUAAUUGUUUGAAUGAAAUUAAUUACAAAAUUUGAAAUUCUAUACUGAAAACCCAUCACCUGAAGUGACGCAACUAGCAGAAUAUGAAUGAAUGUACUUUUGCUCUUUGAGGCAUUUUGAUAUUCGUUUAAUCGCCCAAGUAUGAGCUUUUUCGAAUAUUCUAACUUAGUUAAGCAAUUCAAAACUUUUUGCGCAGUUGUUUGAAUAUUCAGUGAAUGAAAGCUUUUUCAGAAAUUUGAUCACAGUUUUUGCAGCUUUUAUUUGAUGAAUGCAGAUAUUUAAGCUUUAAACCGCAGUUGUUCAAGAACUACUUAAAAUCUUUUUUAUUUAACUUAGUUAAAUCAGCGCAGUGAUGAAUUUUCGAAAAAGCCCUAUGUAUUCUUUAGAUUCAUCAUUUGAAAUCGCGAAAUAAUAUUGGAAGAUUUGGUAAUUUUCAGGGUAAAAUUGAAAAUCGAAAUUGUAUUAUUUAUAAUACAAUUCGUUAUUUAAUAAUAAUAUGGAAAGAAAAGGAUUACCAAAAAAGGAAUAGCCAUUUUUGGGCACAUUAAAUUUAUGUAAAUCUUGAAUACUUUUAGUAAUCCUUUAAAUGUAUAUAUAUAUAUAUUGCAUUAUUUACAUAAUUUUUUUUUAAUUUGAAAAGAUUAAUUAAAAAUAAUAACACAAGAAAAUAAAGUAAAACGUUGUAUAUAUUUUUCUUAUAUUGUAAGUUUUUUUUUUUAUAUUAUAUAUCUAUGUUUACAUAUAGUUAAGUUAAAAUUGUAUCUUGAAUUUGAAAUAGUGUAACGAAAUAAAACACAUAUGAAAAAAUUCCUAUUAUGUAUUUUUGUUUUACUAAAAUGUGACAUGGUCAUAUUAACUUUGACUUUUAUGUUAAUUUUAUUUUUGUUUUAAAUAAAACAAUUUAAUUUUUUAUAUCGCACCAUAUAUUUUUAUCUAAAUAAUUUAAUUUACUUAGAAGUUAGAUCAAUCUACAAAUUUUAUCUCUAAUUAAUUUGUUUAAAUAUUUCAUAAUUUGUUAUAAAUAGUUUUAAAAAUACAGUAUAAUUAAACAUAGUCGUUAUAUAGAAAUUAUUUCCUGACAUAAUAAUACAUUUAUUGUUGUUAUGAAGAACAUAUCUGGGUCUUAUUCGAAAUUUUAAACAAAUGGUGUUAUGUAUACAAAAUAGCUGAAGAAAUUUAUGAUAUUUUUCAAAAAAAAAAACAAUAAUUGCUAAAUAAAUUUUUUAACGCAAGGAAACUUAUGUUUAGUUUCGGAAAUUUAAUGAACUUAAUUUUGACUACAUAAUGGAUUUUUAUAAAUGUUUCUUUCAAUAAAGUGAAUGUAUCAUAAAAAAAAAACAGCCACAAAAAAGAGGAAACAACUACAUAAUAUGCUUUUAAAUUUUUCAAAAAAAUUUCGUCUUGUCAUUAUGAUUUUCAGUAUUUGAAGAAUAUGUAUUUUUUUAAAGAUUUGUUAAUUCGAUUCUUGAAAGUAAGAGAAUAUUAUAAUUAGGUGUAUAACCUUAAAGCAUUCAAUAUAAUAUAAUAAAAAUUAAAUUACCAUAUUAAUAUGUUGCAUUAUGCACUAUAAAAAUGAAAAUAACCUUUCGGAAAAGAACUUGUAUCAUUAAAUAUAUUAAUAUGUAUAAUCAAAACUCAAAAAAAAAAAUAAAUUAAAUUGCGCAUAUCAUGUAUUCAAAUUAUUCAAUUGUUAUUUAUAAAUUAAUUAAUUAAUAAUAAUAAUAAAACUAACAAUAAUAAUAAUAAUAAUUUCUAUAAAAUUAAUAUAAAAAUAAAUAGUAUAUAUAAUAAGUAAUAUUAUUAAAAAUUUAAUAUAAAUUUGACUAAAUAUUAUACUAUUGUUAUAACCUAUUAAUUAAUUAAAAUUCAUUUUAUAUUAAUUUUAAAAAAUACAAUUUCUAUAAACUAAUAGUAUUAUUAAUUGCUAUUAUUAUAUAACACUAUUCAUGUAAUAUAAUUAUAAAUUUAAAUGUAAUAAUUUCUGUUCAAAUAACAAAAACAAAAAUACAAAAUUAAUUAGAAAAUUAAAGAAAACAAAAUACAAAGAAAGUUAUAUUCAGUAGUAAAAUCGAUGAAAAUAUACGAAUAAAUAAUUAAACAUUAUACAGGGGGUUUUGCAUAAUUUCAGGGAUGAUUGUUUGAGUAAUUUCCAGUAAAAAAUUAUAUGGUGGUGGUGGGGUUCAAAUAUACUCGUUACAGCCUGUUGAAAAAGAAAGGUACUAGAUUUUUCCUGCAUAUAAAUAAAUAUUUAUAACUUGGGAACCAUGCGAUAUAGUAACCAUCGAGAGCUUUUUUUUAGAGGGCCAUAGUUUUCGAGACAAAGCUCGUCAAAGUCAAAAUUUUUAUUUUUUUUUAAUUAAAAAAAAAACACUCGAGGGAAUUACUGCAACCGCCCUUACCCCCCAAAAUUUUUAUUAUAAUAAUUUGUAAUAAAAGAAAAAAAUUUGUACAAAAGCAUUGAAAUCGAUAAUUGAAAAAAUCAAAAUAAAAUGCAGUUAUUAUGUUUUUUUUAAGAUAACACAGAUUAGGCUACUAGUAUAUUAAUUAUCAAAAUUGCGUAAUUAUGUAUUAUUUAUUUGCUAAAUAAAAUUGCAUAGUUAAAUUAAAAGCAGAAAAUAAAAAAUCAAAUAAAAUAUUUGACAAAUUAAAGGUAAUAAAAAUGGCAAAACGAAAAUCAUGAAAUGUCUAAUAAAAGAAAUUAAAAAAAAUAAUAAUGAAAAAACUAAACAACAAAUGUAAAUUGCAAAUUUAAUUUGU